AUGGCUGAGCUAAAUGAAACUUUUGUUUCUGACACUAUAGAACAUUUAGCUGAACAAAUGUUACCACCUCGCGAUUCUGAAGGGCGUAAGAAUCGAUCUGAUGUAUGGAAUCACUUUAUUGAGGAGCCAAAGCCCAACAUAGAUAAGAGAGCUAAAUGUAACCAUUGUGGUACAUUGAUUAGGUUUGAGAAUGGAACAAGUGCUAUGCGAAAUCAUUUACGUAGAUGCAAGGGUAUAUCAAAUAAAAUGUUGAGCAAGAAGCAAAAAUCAUACUCAUCUGGAACCAUGGUUUCUUCCCCUUCAUUGGCUAGGCCCAAAAUUGACCAACAAGCAUUGAGAAUUGCAAUUGUCAAAAUGUUUGUGGCAAUGAAGCUCCUAUUUCGAUGUAUCGAGCAUGAAGCUUUUCGUGAGUUUUUAAGCAUUAUAGCACCCUCUCUUAAUGUCAUGUCACGUACUACCCUAGCACGUGAUAUUUAUAAACUUUGGGAUAGUGAAAGAGAAAUGUUGAAGGAAUUUAUUUCUCAAAACUGUCAAAGGGUUUGCCUCACCACAGACACAUGGACUUCAUCUCAAAAUUUGAGUUAUAUGUGCUUGACUGCUCAUUUCAUUGACAACAAUUGGAAGCUGCAAAAGAAGGUGUUAAACUUUUGUCAAGUCACUAGUCACACAGGAAAGACCAUGGCUAAAAAGGUUGAACAUUGCUUGAGUAAAUGGGGGUUGAAUCGUGUUCUUACUUUAACAGUUGAUAAAGCCUCGUCAAAUGAUGUUGGAAUUCAAUAUCUAAAAAAAAGGUUAAUGUCUUGGAAUAGUUUGGUUAUGAAGGGAGAUUAUAUUCACAUGCGUUGUUGUGCCCAUAUUUUGAAUUUGAUUGUGAAAGAAGGUUUCAAGGAUAACAUUGAUGCUAUUUUGAGAAUUUGGGGUGCUGUAAAAUAUGUACAAUCUUCCCCUUCUAGGUUGUAUAAAUUUAAGACAUGUGUUGAGAAACAAAAUAUUGAAUACAAAGGCCUUGUUUGCUUGGAUGUGGAAACCAGAUGGAAUUCUACCUACUUAAUGUUAGAGGCUGCAUUGAAACUUCACAAGGCUUUUGAAGAGCUUGAGAUGCAAGAUAAGAAGUAUAUCGAAGAGUUAGAAAAGGUAAAGGGUGUUCCUUCAUAUGCUGAUUGGGAAUUUGUGCGUGCAAUCCUACCAUUUCUAAAAUUGUUUUAUGAUGCUACUUUGCGCAUGUCUGGCUCAGUUUAUGUAACUAGCAAUAUAUACAUGUUUGAGGUCUUUGGAAUUGGAAAGAAGAUCAGCCAAAUGUGCAAUUCUAGGGAUAUAAAUGUAUGCAUUAUGGCAGAAAAUAUGAAGAAGAAAUAUGAUAAGUAUUGGGGCAAUGUUGAUCGUCUAAAUAUGUUUUUACUUAUUGCUCUUGUGUUGCAUCCAGGAUACAAAUUACAGUUCAUGCAUUGGUUGAUUAAUCAAAAUUUUGAUGGUGAGGUGGCAUCUAGUUUAAAAGAAAAAGUGGAGUCUAGUUUGAAAUUACUUUUUCAAGAGUAUAAUGGUGGGAGAGAUGAAAUAGAAGUUAACUCACAAGAAGCUCGUUUCAAUGAAGGAGGUAGUGAUGACCCUUAUGGUUAUAACCAUUUUUUUCAAAGAACUAGCUCUAAUAAAUCUGAAUUAAGCAAAUACUUGGAGGAAGCCUUAGAAGAGAGUUACGUAGAUUUGGAUAUUUUGAAUUGGUGGAAGCUCAACUCGGGUAGAUUUCCAAUUCUUUCAAAAAUGGCUAGAGAUUUGCUUGCUAUACCUGUUUCUACAGUGGCCUCUGAAUCUGCCUUUAGUACUGGAGGAAGAGUUCUUGAUCCAUAUCGUAGUUCUCUUACACCUAGAAUGGUAGAAGCACUUAUUUGCACACAAGAUUGGCUUAAAAGAACACAACUACCAUUGUUUUCAAAUGAAAAUGGGGAUUUUGAAGAGUUGGAGAAAUUUGAACAAACAAUUGUUUCCCCACCAGACAUUGCUUAUUCAGCCUCCUCUGUUACACUUGGAGAUGAUUGA